UACGCGAUCAACCAGAACUACACAGACAUUAUCGUCAUCAACGAAGACAAGAAGGUCACGAACGGCAUGAUUAUCACACAUUUACCAGAUGGACCGACAGCGCGGUUCAAACUUUCUAGUGUCAAACUCAAUGGCGAUAUAAAGGUUAGCCAUCUCUUUUAA